CAUAUUAUUACUUUGAAAUAUUCUUAAAUACGUUUUUAAAAUCUUCACAAUAAUUUUCAUGCAUAUUCUUGGUGAUUUUUGCUAUUUAUUGCUUCAAAUCGCAGUGUGCACACGACGCAUGCGCACUCACUGCUGCUCUCUGAUUGGUCGCGUACAUUUUCAAGAGGAAAAUGGCGACCAAGAUGGCGGCGACCAUGGCUUUUUAAUCUCGUUCCAAAAGCGCAACCUUGGCUUUCCAACCACUUUACUGCAUUUCCUUGGAGCGAUCCAAGUCGGUCGUGUCGCUGAAACCAGUUGAUCUUGCAAAUUAUACCAAAUGUAUUUAACGCAAGAGUUGUUUGGUGUGCGUUCACAAGUCGGCGUGGCAGUUCGAUGAAUGUUAUUCUGCCAGCAUGUAAUCGGUGGACGAGUCGACGUACGAAUCCUGCAUGAUGCUUCGUGAAUUUUAAAUUAGCAAAUUGAGCCAUGACUGCAAUUGGGAGUUCACUACUCGAGUGGGCGAUGAAAACUGUACAUACUUGAGAACAUGAAGAAUGGUGAAAUCGAAGGGGAGGAGGCCGAAAACAUAGGGAAAUGUGUGUUCUUUUCCAAUCCAGACAUUUUAACCGAGCGUCCCAAGAAUCACGGUGCUGCAUCUCAAAUUCGCCAAUCCUAUAAUUUAGAUCAACAGCAGGAACAAUUUACAAAUCAAGGUAUCGCAGGGAUAUGCAGUAAUUUAGUUUUAACUUCAGGACAAAAAAUUCCUGAGGACCUUUUAACUCAUUAUUCUGCAAAACCGUACCCGUUUACAUUUAUUACCGCUGUUAAGAGAAAACUUGCACUCGGAGCACAUUUUGAAGCAUGCAAAAGAGUGCAUGAAGAAGCCAAUGUAAAUCAAAUUGAUAAAAAUUCAGAUUUCAUUCAGGGUGCUCAAUAUUAUAGUCAAGACAUGGACUACAUAAAACCACUGAAGGUACCUGACUUAAAAAUAUCUCCAAAGUCUAUGGAGUUCUCUCAAAAAGAGGGUUGUACUUUAAAAGACAUUACCCCAGCGAAACUAGAGAAUGUUAAAGAUGGGACGAUGAAACAGAAGGGGGAGAAAGUAUCGGCGAAAAGUACUGACCGAGUGCAGAGGAAAUUGGACUUUUCUUUAUCGGAUGGACAAUCUAUUAUAUCUUCUGAAAACAUUGAACCUUUAAAGACACCUGAAUUGUCAAUUGCUUCUAAUUUAUCCAAAAAGAAAGAGUAUGCCAGAGAUAGUUUUAGAGAAAAAGAAAAUAGAUCUAAGCGAAUUAGAAAGGAUGAUGGGAUUUUAACAAAAGCAGCUGAAAUUGGUCAAAGUAUGCUCAAACGAUCCAAAGAUACUAGAACUCAUGUUUCUAGAAAAGAAUUGGACGAUUUUGCAGUUAAGAAAUUUAAAGGCGAACAUGCUUUGGUCGGUGCGUCGAAAGAGGAUACUUUUGUUUCAAAGAAAUCUCGAUGUAAGAAUUUUGCAACGUCCACUGUUAAGAAAUGUGACGAGAAACGGCACCGUCCUUCCGGCACACACAUUGUAAAAACUAGCAGAGAUAAAUCUUUGGAAUCAAAAUGUAGAUCUUACAGCAGUGAAUCCGUAUCUGAUCGUGGCCUAAAGGUACAAGAAAGAGUUUUAAUUAAAGAUAGUCCAAGAGGAAGAGUAAACGACAUUAUUGAUCGAAAAGUCAAAGCCGAUGAUUGUAAUAUUCCAAGCUCAUCUAGACAAAUCGAUGACCACAAAAGUAAAUUCGGUUUCGACAGUAAGUCAAUAAAACAAAGUAGAAUAAAUUCAAGUCAAAUGAAAUCAGUGGAUGGAUGCUCUACGGAAGACAGUCAAAAAAUGUUUAGUGAACCAAAAUCCUUCACGAGCAAAGAUGAGCACACUUGUUCCAAUAGUGUUUCAGAAAUAUCGGAGGAUGUCAUAACUGCAAAUGAUUCAGACAUUAGUUUGGAAGAAGAAAGUAUACAUUCCCAGUUGUCCUCUCGAUGGUCUAAAACAAAAGAUUUGGAGAAAUCAAACCAAGUUACCCAAAGUUCUACAUCGGCGUUGACCGGAGGUAUCAACAGUCAAAACUUUCCAGAACGUAUCGCAAGCACAAGUAUAAGUACAAGGAAAACCAGCAAUUCCCAAACUGGCAGCGUAACAUCAACGGAGGUGAAUUCUGAUUCGAAAAAUUCUGCCGAAUUAUCUUUCUCUGAAAUUAUCGCAGAUUCUCGGAAAAUCUCCUUCAGAGACGACAGUUACUCCCAUCAAUCAGAGUUCCGAGACUUAGUUACUCCUGAUAUAAAUUUAAUAGUUCGCUCAAAGAGAAGGAAGCAGUUUUUACAAGGUGAUGAUUCUGAGGAAAUCAAAAAGGUUACGAGAAACAAGACUACAGCAGGGAAGGUGGAAGACGGAGGCAUCGAGCUGUUACAUCCAACGGCACUGCACAUGCAGUUUCAGGCAGAAUUGCAUUUGUUUGAUUCAUUCAACGAAUCGUUGAGACAAGUGAUGGACGUUGAAAAUAGUCUCUACACUGCUCAACAGGCUCAAGAGCAGUCGCUUUUACAAAAGGAGAGAGUCGCAAACAAGGAAAUUCAGAAGCAAAUAAAUGCUUUGCAAGGAACGAAGGGCACAAUUGAUUCGGAGCAACAUGCAGAACGUAAUGGACUCACCGAACGAAAAGUGGACGAAGCAGCGAAGAAUUCGAAAAUUGACUCGCCUGAGGAAGUCAUCGCUGGAAGUAAGAAGCAUCAACAUGAGUCAGUGCGAAAAGACAAGGAACCACAAGUGACGCGUAAAUUAAAUGACAUUGUACAGUCUUCUUGGCGUGGGUCUGAUUUAGAUGAGAAAUCCAAAAAGAUAACAAGAGCGGUAGAGAUGACUGAAGUGCAGACUCAGACAGUAAACGAUAUUGCAACUCAGACCGAAGUCGAAGCAAUUCAUCCGAUGCCUGGUAUCACUUAUCGCAGAGGUGGCUCUGCACGUCGUGAGAUUUUGCCACAUUCGUUGUACUCUACGGAUCAAUUCGAUGACUCAAAUCAAGUAGAUGACGUCUCCCUGCCGAGCAGACUAAGAACAAUGUCGGAGAUCAGCUUGCACGAGACGACGUCCUCCAUCAGGACCGAGACUGGGACAGAGAUCAGCAUCUCGACCAGGGAUGUUACUUGCUCGUUCAACAAGUAUUUGGAUUUAGAAAUGGAUCAGCUGAUCGAAGACGAAAGGCAGAGGUAUGACAAGAUAGAGAUGCUCUUCAAGUCUCGAGAGAAGACCUUGAACGACCGAACGAAGAAAUUAGUGAAAUUGGAGGAACAGAAGCGAGCUCUUAAAGACACUGGCCAGGACAGUCGAAUCAGUUCCGUGAAGAAGAAGCAGCGAGCUCUACUUCUGAAGCUGCAGCAAGAGAAGGACGAGAUGAUCAGACUGAAGGAGCUGCACAAAGCAGCGAGCCAGGAGCGCAAACUCAUGUUGCAGAAACAACGAAACAUGUUCAACCCACAGAUGUCGACGAAGAACAUUCUGACGAAGCUGAAGAGAAGUGCCGACAGCCAAUCGCCGCGCAGAUUGUCGGGUCCGAUGAAGGGUUAUGAUAUAAGGAGCAACAGUUCCAUGAGUUCUUUGGUCGACUCCGAUCGGUCCCAACUGGAGCAAUCGCAAUCACAGAUCGAGGUAAAGCUGCACAGGUCUGAUACCAGCUCGCACAAAGUCGGCAGCGAGUCGGUCAAGUCGGACUUCGAGCUCUCCGCGCGACAGAAAUUCGAGCUGUCGAAGACUGACAGGUCGGAAGGAUCAGCUCCUGAAGGAGUGCCAACGCCUAAGCCGGACAAGUCUGAAGGCGGAAAGAGUGCCGAAUCGAAGCAGUUUUCGAGGACCCGAAAAGACGACGCCAAGUCAAGGUACGAGGUCAAAUCCCAGAAGUUCGAGGAGAAGAUGCCGAGGGUCGAUUUGCUGCGUCUAAAGCCCGGUCGAUUCGAAGCGGACUCGACGAAGAGUGCCGAAGGCAGUCCCCUGGACGCGGUCGCUCAUGGUGCCGAGUUUCCCAAGUCGAGGACCAGCUCCUUGGAGCUGGCUGCAUUGAACCUGGACAAGGUUGCCUGUAAACCCGAUUACGUGAACACCGAGUCGGUGGACCCUCUCGUCGAGGAGUCCUCGAGGAGGUCGAUGUUCGCGCAGAUUCCCGAGAACUACGCGCGAAACGCGAGCUUGCCGAGAGAGGGGCGCAACGUUUGCGCGAUCCCCGAGGGCGAGAGACGUCCUGAAAGUGCUACCAUUGCCGAGAUCUCGAAGUCCAAAAGGUCCAAGCUCCCCCAGGCUCCGGACGACUUUGUGGAGCUGAAUCGUGGGGACGCAUGGAAGUCUGAAAAACACACAAUCGCCGAUCCGGAGCUUCGCAAGAAGAAGGCCUCGCACCUUCCGGAGUCUAGGACCAGCUCCAAACGCAAGGGCUCGAAGAGUUCCACAUCGAAGUCGAGGUCGGCAUGCGCGAGAUCCUGCGAGCACGCGAUCAGCCACCACGGGAAGUAUUCCAGGACCUCGAGAGACGAGCACCGCUCCAGGUAUGACAUCCUGGAGGAGCUCUGCGGUCUGGAUGAGAGUCAGGGAUCUCUCCAAGCCCUGGUGGACCACUCUCGCGCCGUCAAGGAAAGGAACUGCGCGCUGCUCAGGGAUAUCGCCGAUGAACACAGAGAUGCCUCGCAGACCUUGAAGAACGGCUCGCAAGACGCCGAGGACGCGCCCAACCUGGGGGAGGUCGCGACCAAGUCGCGCUUCAGCACCGUCGCCAUCUCUCGCCACAGCUCCGGGGACAGCGAGAAGAGCUACUCGAGGUCGGUCGUCGUCACGGCGAGGGACCACCAGCUGAAGUCCUCGAAAAAGCUGGAACGGAUACUCAGUGCACAGGAGGCUGCACUUACAUCCCGCAGGAACUGCGUCGAGGAGUGGAUCGCCUGGAAUGCGAGGCUCCGAGCAGAGGAGAACCAGGUCGCUCGGAUGGAGCAGGCUGCCUACAGACUGGCGAACGCCGCGUCGACCGCGCUCUCGCGCCACGAUACCACCGUGUCCUCCGACACGAGCGAUGCUGAAGGGAGGAUAGAGUUGCUGGCCGAGAAGCUGGCCGCAAAGCGGGCCGAGAUGGCGAGGCUGAAGAGGGAUGUCAGAAGACAAGCCAAACAGAGGCUCAGGGCCCUGGAGACGAACCUGCUGAAUCAGAUCGAGAGAUACGACACGACCAUCCACGAGAUGCGGAAGAGGUUGGACUCGAAGAGGGUUACAGGGAGCAGUCCGGAGACCAAGUCGGCGGCGGAAUUCAGAGUGCCUGAAAUACCGAUCCAGAAGAUCCGCGAGAUCUACGAGAGCAGCGACCUCCUCAGGUCGAGGUCGGAGUCGGACUUGAUCCGCGAGUUCGAGGGGAGAAGAGGGGAGGAGUAUUCCAAGGGUUCCCGAAGCAGAAGAGACCGGUACCAAGAAGGGGACUCCGUCGUGGACUACACCAACAGCGCGACCAGGGAAAUUAGCGGCAAAAUUAGAAGUGUCUCCGAAGUGGCGGAAGACCUCGUCGCGGCGUUCUCAAGGUCCUCUUCGUCGGUCAAGGACGUGACCGAUCUCGAGGAGGUUAAGACGACGCAGCUUAGGGACAGGGUAUCCUUGAAGAGCUCCCUGUCCGAGCAAAUCGCAAGCGAGCUCGAGACUGGUUCCGAUGUUGGUAGCUCGGAGGUGAGGUACACGGAGGAGCGACUCUCCUACGUGAUCCCUGAAGAGGAGCGCGAAGAAGAGAGGACGUCGCAGCACUCUAUGGGCAGCGGUUCCAUUCCCGAAGAGAAUGCGAAACCCGAUUCCACGAGGACGACGACGGGGAACGCGGAGAGUGUGGAUACCCUGAAGAGCGUGGAAACCGUGGAGACCGGGGAAAUUGAGACAGAAAAGCCCACCACGAAAACCUCGGACCUGGGAUCGGCUGUGCUCUCCAAGCGGCUGACUUUCCUCGAGCUCAGCAACAAGAACCUGAACGAGGACAUCAGCACUCUGGAGAACGACUUGAAGAUGCUCUCGGAGAUGAUGUCUCGCCUGGGGAAGAGGUCUUCGGACGUGGAGGAGGUGAUCCAGCCUCGAGAUUCGGCCGACAGGAGCACGUCCAAGGACAUCUCCGAAGACCUGCCCAGUUCGGAUAGGAAUUAUAGAAUUCAGAGCGACUCCUUUAUCCAAGAGGUCUCCGCCGAAGAGAGGGUAUCUUCAACUACCUCGGGGAUCCUCACGAAUCGCGAGGAGGUUGAUAAGGUCGAGCUCGCUAUUUCUAGGGUGGAUGGCUUGGAAAGAGUCGACAAGGUUGGAGAAACCACGGUCGACGAGGUGGAAGCUCGGCCGCGGGAAAUUGAUUUCGAGGCGAAGAGCAAGGAGAUCCUGAACGAGAUCGAGAGGUCCAUCGUAGCUUCUGAGUUUGUCAAGCUGUCGAAUGACGAAGGGACCACUUGCGAGACAUCUAGGCGAUCGUCCAGAAGGAACGAGCUAGGAUCAAGGACCAGCUUCGACACCUCUUCAUCCGUGGUACCAGAAAAGAGUGGAAUCGAGGUCGCCACGUCCACCCUGCCUCCUUUAGGUCCGUUAUCCGUAGAUGUCGAGGUCGAGGAGUCGCAAGACGAGCCCUCGGUUAAGGACGAGGUGUUCGAUCGCUCCUGCGUCACGGAAAUCUCGGAGGAAGUUGAAGAGCUCCUUGAGGUCAUUGAGGAGGUCAAAAGCGAAUCCGAAAGAAGUUCUCCAUUUAUCGGGGAGACUUUAGGGAUUCAGGAUUUACCCUCUGAAGAGGCCUCGCCUAAGGUGAUAUCCAACGUGGUCUCACGUGCGGAAAAGUCUGUUCCUGAUGAACUUCCUGAAGAGGGUAGGAAAAGUGACUCGAGAGACCACGAAGACUCGGACGCUCACAUCGAUGAAGAUGUCUCGAAUACUUCGGAAGCUAAGCUGGAGAGCGAGAAAGAGGUUGAAACUGUUGAGCAGUCUGUCGCUUCAGGGUCCUAUCUCGGUCUUCAGCAAGAGACACUUUCUGGUGACAAAGUGGUCCCCUUGUUGUUGCUCGACGAACGAAAGUCAGUGGGCGAGGUCGCGGACGUGUCCUCGACAUUCGUCCCGAGGUAUGAAUCGACCAGCAUUGAGAUCUCUGGUCCCGACCUUGAAGAGUCGAUACCAGAGUCCAAGGCCAGCCCGGGAUGGCGUCGAGGUCGCGAGGCCAUGCAACUUGACGAACUCGACGACAUCCUGGACAUAAUCGCUCAAGAGAGUGAAAUCGAGAAGCCAGGUGUACUCGAAGAGGACCUAAAGGUUCCCCAGGUAUCAGAAGAGGUCCUCCCAUUGAAGGAGUCGUUAGAUCUCGAGCUGAAGAGAGAGGAGGAGCUGCGAGAAGAAGAACCCACGGAAACCGUGCAGGAAAAGACUCCAGAACCUUUACUUGCUGAAGAGGCGAUCUCGCAGGAUAAAGAGGAAGAGAGCCCAGACGUCGCUAUUCCUCCCGAGAUCACUGUAGAACCUAUAAAACCAUUCGAGUUCUCAGAAGAGGUAGAAGCGAGCGAAGCCAUCGUACUUGCUGAAGAAGAGGGUCCUGAGUCCUACUCGGACACCUGUACGAUUGAUCAUGAAGCUCCGGAUGAAAAAUUGCUCCACCUGACAGAGAAAAAGGAAGCACCGGAGGAGGCUGAAAGAGAGAAAGAACCUGAAGAGCGAGCUCCUACUGUCGUUGCCUUGCCGCUGGAAUAUGAGGACAUCUCCGAGGAAAGUCUGGAGGUGUCCGAGAUUCUGGACGGCUCGCAUGCAUCUCGAGACUUCCUACGCUCUCCCGAUAGAUCGGAGACGCGAGUAGAGUCCGUCUCGGUAGUUGAAGAGAUUCCUGAAGUCCCGGUUAUUGAAGAGAAACCCGAGGCUACAGAGUCUAAGGCCAUCGUCAGGGCUUCUCCUUCGGAAUCUCCAUCCGCGUCCUCGUUGUCCUCGACUUCUUCAAGGUCUUCACCUUCCUCUGCUUCGUCAUCUCCGAUAGAGGAGGCUGCACCGAAGGGUCGCUCCGUGGAGGGUGCCGGGGAGCCCGUGAUAAUCGGCCCUGAAGACGUCUCCUCGCAGAAGCAGGACGUCGACGCUUCUUCGGAGUCCAGCGAGGGGGUGGACACUCCUAGAGGAGUGUCCGAGAUCGAAGCGGAUUCCCCGAGAGACCUUGCGGAAUACAGGGUCGACGAAGACCCCCUGGGGAACGCCGAGUCCAGAACCGACUUCAGGGCCACCCCACCACCCAUCGUUGCUGGUACCACGGAAAAGGACAUCGAGGCUGCUAUCGAUAAGCUGAAAGCUUCCUUGGAGCAACCUGGUCUGGAGGUGGCCGACCUCCACGCGAAGGUCCUGCGGAUCGAGCAGCUGCAAAUCGAGCUGAAGAUCAAGAGACUAGAGGCUGAAGAGGUGUCCUACUACGUCCGAGAGAUCCCGAAUAAACCGCCACCUCCGUACACCCCUCCUGGAGGUGGAAGGCACCGUCCCAGUCGAGCCUCCACGUCCCCUCCACCAGCAGUGGUACCGGCCAACGUUGACGAGCUCACCUCCUUCACGGAGAAGGCGACGACCUUGAUCUACAACGCGAAGCAAAUGGGCCAGGAGAUCUCGACCCUGGAGGUGCCUCAGGAACUCUGCGAGUCCGCCAAGGAGAGCGACCCCAUGAAGAAGGACCGGCGGAUCUACAACACCUUCCUCUUCGACCUCUGCAAGGAGAUCGUCGUCGAGGUGUACCGCACCGAGUACGAGAAGCCUGGCCCGAGCUGGACCAAGCCGAACGUCAAGACGAAACCUAUGGUGAAGAUCCCGAGGACCGCCGAGGAGCUCAACGAGUACGUCGCAAAGGAGGUGGCGACGCUCUUCGGCUUCAAGACGAAACUCCAGCGCGAGAACAUGGUCAUGAGGUGGAGCAGGAAACGCAGGGACAGGGUCGACGAGUUGCUGGCCAGGGAGGCCCAGACCGAGGAAGACGAGUGGACCAGGUUCCACCAUGACGAGCUGGCCGUCAAGAACGAGCUCACGAAGGCUGUGCUCGACAGUCUCAUCGUAGAAACCACCCGAGUUGUCAAAGCGGCCUAUGCCAAAAAGCGGAAGAUCAUGGCCUGAUCGAUGGGCCUGAAGAGUCGUCGCUGAAGAGGGUCGAACCGUGGAUGCUGAAUCGCGAGCAAUCGUCCCUAGGUUGCUGCCUCGAGGAGUCGAAUCCAGGGAUCAAGGAAUCACCAGGAUGGAUCUUUCCUAUGGUGGUCCAGACCUCGCACGCCGACCUGUCGAUAAUCAAAUCUGUCCUAGGUCAAUUUUUAUUUACCGCUAGUUAGUACGUAAGGGAUUUUAGCCUGAUAUCGAGGCAGGACUGCGCACGCUUCCGGGAUCGUACCUGAAGAGACAUCCUCUUAUCUUAAUCGAGAGACUUUCUCUUCUAACGAGAAUUCCACGGGAGUUUCAGUGAUAUCGUCAACGCGGCUCUCUUGAUACUCAGUACUUAAUAUUCUCUCCUCCUCGGUGCGAGAUUACGUCGCAUCGCUUCACGGCGAUUUCAUGGCUAUUUAACGUGCAUUUACGUCCUUCAGGGACGAUCCGGCAUGUUAGCGAGCGGACUCGCAGGGCCAAUUACAUUCCAAAUGAGUAGGUGGUUAUCGUUAUUGCGUAUCGACUAAUCGCCGGAUGCAGGAUGCGCGCACUUGUAUAUACUGAUAAUGGAGUCGCGAUCGCGUUAAGGGGUCUUAGCGUUGUCAAUUUGAUGGGACUGCCAACCGAUUGCGCGCCUACAUUUCUCGCGUAUACCAGAUUCGGCCUUUUGCGGUAGAUACUCGUAGGAGAUCUCGGUUUUUGCGGAUUUCCCGGAUAUCGCCUCUUAAGUCUCUUCGAGUCCCUUCGAGGACUCGUAGGUCGGUUUAUAGAAUGAAAAGUGGGGUAAUAAACCGCGAAACAUUCCCGGCAUUACCUUUGCCCGUGGGAAAACGAUAAGGAACACCGAAUUUGUUACGUACGUAGGUUUGAAUAUGUACUUAAUUAGGUUCUAUUAUAAUUUUUAUAAUAAAGUUGAGGAGUGAAGAGAA